AUGGGGAGGCUGCGACUGGGGAGCAGCUUUCCUACCACCUCGGACCUCUACACAUCACGAUGCAGGGAGAAGGUGUUUUGUGGGAAGCGUCCAGAUGAAGAGUUCCCUCAGCAGGGCCAGCCGAACUCCUCAUUUUGUAAACUGUCCCUCACACCUCCAUUUUGUCUGGGCGAGGGAGUCCUGUCCAGUCACUCCGGGGGCGUCUCUCCUCUGGACGGGCAGCAGCAGGCCCUGACCUGCCUCAUUCCCAAGAAGGACUUGACAUUGUUUGAGAAGCUAGGCGAUGGCUCCUUCGGUGUGGUGAAGAGGGGAGAGUGGAUAACACCUGCAGGGACGGUGCUGAAUGUGGCUGUGAAGUGCUUGAAAACAGAUGUGCUCAGCCAGCCAGAAGCUCUGGAGGACUUCAUCUGUGAAGUCAAUGCCAUGCACUCCCUUGACCACCAGAACCUCAUACGCCUCUACGGUGUGGUGCUCACACAGCCAAUGAAAAUGGUGACUGAACUGGCUCCUCUGGGUUCUCUACUGGACCGUAUGAGAUGCUCUAAUCCACAGGGCCCAGUUCUGAUCUACACUCUAUGUCAGUAUGCCGUGCAGGUAGCCUGUGGCAUGGCUUACCUGGAACAGAGGAGGUUUAUCCACAGGGACCUAGCAGCCAGGUAGAGUUUCAGCA